UGAUUCGUAUUGCGGAAGGGGAUGUGAAGGGAGGAGUCUCAGCGGAGGCCAGCCAGUCAAGUUGCGCUUUGCGGGUCUGGGGCAUCGGGAAUCAUCACCUCGAGGCUGCGGAGACAGGGCGAAAGAUAGGUGGACGAGCGAGCCUCCAAACCAACCAACACAGGGUCUGCAUUUUACAUACCUCAAUGCAAGCAGGCGAUGUCCUUUGGAUUCUGAUUUGGGAAGUUGAAACGUGGCAAACUGGACGCCGACCAAGCUUAGUGAAUUAGCGGGCGAAAGCGUUUUGGACACAGCUGGGGCGACGGCCGUUGGGAGUCAGGAAGUUUUCUCCAUCUCUCCACGCCCACGUUCUUCAGAGGUGAAGCAGUUGGGCCUGUGUGCUCCUGAGAGGAUGAAGAGGUUUAGGAGACAUGGCCAGGAGUCCCAAAGAGAGCGGAUCAAACAGGAGCUCUACGGGUUCAAUAAGACAGUGGAGCAUGGUUUUCCUCACCAGCCCAGUGCCCUGGGCUUCAGCCCCAGUCUACAGCUCCUGGCCAUCGGCACACGUUCCGGAGCCAUCAAACUUUACGGUGGCCCAGGUGUGGAGUUCAUGGGUCUACACGAUGAGAACGCUGCCGUCACACAGGUCCACUUCCUGCCACACCAGGUGGAGCUGGUGACUCUGUUGGAUGACAACAGUCUCCACAUGUGGACCCUCAGAGCUCACCAUGGUGUCUCUGAGCUGCUGGAGAUAGGACGCUUCACACUCACUGGACCCCCGGGUGCUCCCCCCAGUGUAACUCGUGUAACAGCGGUGCUAGCCCACUCUUCUGGGGACCUGCUGUUGCUAGGAACAGAGGGAGGACACGUGUUCAUAGUGAAGGUACCAGGCUUCAGAGAACUAGAGGAGAGGAACAUCAGCCUGGAGAAAGUCACCAACGGUGUACCAGAGGAGUACGGAGGUCGUAGGAGCCUGGAGCAUGUCGAGUCCUUACAGGAGAAUCCCGUCAACCCACGCCAGGUUCUGAUUGGAUACGGACGAGGCCUCAUGGUCAUCUGGGACCUAGACAGCCAAUCAGCCGUCAAACACAUCCCCGCUACACAGCAACUGGAGAGCGUGUGGUGGACUGAGGACGGUGGCCAUGUUCUCAGUUCCCAUAGCGACGGCAGCUACUGCCGCUGGAAGGUGGCUGGGGAUGACCCACAGAGCGAGCAGGAGAAGUCUGAAGUACCAUACGGCCACUUCCCCUGUAAGGCCAUCUCUAAAAUCAUCCAGCUGCCGACAGAACAGGGGCCUCCGUUCCUGUUCCUCAGUGGCGGCAUGCCCCGGGCCAGCUACGGCGACAGACACUGUAUCAGUGUGAUCCACAGUAAAACACACGUGGCUCUGGAUUUCACCUCCAGAAUCAUCGACUUCUUCGUCAUCAGAGACGGACCAGACCAUACAGGCGAACCCAGUGCAUUGGUGGUCUUAGUAGAAGAGGAGUUGGUAGUGAUAGAUCUCCAGACUGAAGGGUGGCCGGUCAUCCAGACUCCGUACCUGGUGCCUCUCCACUGCUCGGCCAUCACCUGCUCCCACCAUGUCUCUGCUAUACCCCUGAAGCUGUGGGAGAGGGUCCUGUCUGCCGGAGCAUUGCAGAACACGCACUACUCUAAGAAGCCGUGGCCUAUGACAGGAGGACAGAACCUGGCCCCAGACCCCCCUCAGAGAGACUUACUGCUCACAGGGCACGAGGACGGUACGGUGCGUUUCUGGGACGCGUCGGGGGUGUGUCUGUACCCCAUGUACAAGCUGAGCACGGCAGGGGUGUUCCUCACUGACUCGGACCCCAAUGACAACCUGAACCAGGGCACAGAGGGAGAGUGGCCACCUUUCAGAAAGGUGGGUUGUUUUGACCCGUACAGUGACGACCCUCGUCUCGGCAUUCAGAAGAUCCACCUGUGUAAAUACAGCGGCUACCUGACUGUAGCUGGCACUGCUGGACAGAUCCUGGUGUUAGAGCUGAAUGAUGAGGCAGCAGAACAGACUGUGGAGGCCACCGUAGCAGACCUGCUACAGGGACAGGAGGGCUUCCGCUGGAAGGGCCACACGCGUCUGGAGGUGAGGGAGGAGCCGGUGACGUUCCCCCCAGGGUUCCAGCCCUUUGCCCUGGUCCAGUGCCAGCCUCCGGCCGUGAUCACUGCCCUCACCCUGCACUCUGAGUGGAAACUAGUAACAUUCGGGACCAGCCACGGCUUCGGACUCUACGACUACCAGCAGAAAAACAACGUUCUUGUCAGGUGUACUCUGAACCCCAGUGACCAGCUGGCUAUGGAAGGUCCUCUGUCCAGAGUGAAGAGCAUUAAGAAGUCUCUCCGCCAGUCCUUCAGAAGGAUCAGGCGCAGCAGAGUGUCCCUACGCAAACACCAUGUCAACAACGCAGCUAAGUUGCAGCAGGCCAAUGCUCGUCUAGAGGCGGAGCUAGCUGAGAUGGAGUUGGCGCCCGUCCAGAGAAAGAUAGAGCCUCGAUCCCCUGAUGACUCCUUCACCGGCCUCGUGCGCACGCUAUACUUCGCUGAUACCUUCCUUUCAGACAGCUCCCACAACACACCCUCUCUGUGGGCAGGGACCAAUGGGGGAUCAGUAUUCGCCUACCAGCUCCGCCUACCGCCUGUGGAACGCAGAGGAGAGGACCCUGUCACAGCACACCCUGCUAAGGAGAUCCAGUUGAUGCACCGUGCUCCAGUAGUGGGCAUCUUGGUGUUGGACGGCCAUGGUUCCCCUCUGCCUGAGCCCCUGGAGGUGGCUCACGACCUGGCCCGCUCACCUGACAUGCAGGGUUCACACAGCCUACUGGUCAUAUCAGAGGAACAGUUCAAGGUGUUCACCCUGCCUAAGGUGAGCGCCAAAAUGAAGUUGAAGUUGACGGCCAUUGACGGCUCACGCGUGCGCCGGGUGGGCGUGGCCUGGUUCGGCAGCACCCGCACGGACGACUACGGCGAGAGCGGCCUCACCGUCCUGACCAAUCAGGGAGACCUCCACGUGGUGUCGUUGCCGGGGGUGAAAUUGCAGGUCCAGUACCCCUGUAUACGUAGGGAGGACGUCAGCGGCAUUGCAUCCUGCGUCUUCACCAAGCAUGGACAGGGUUUCUACCUGAUCUCUCCGUCAGAGUUUGAGCGUUUCUCUCUGUCUGCUCGCUGUGUGGUGGAGCCCCGGUCUCUAGUGGAGGUGUCCUCCCAGACACCCAGCACCACUCUGCCACGGGCGCUGCCGGACGGGGCCUCUGUGGAACGCAGAAAUUCCACGAGGGAUGGCGUGGAGAGCUCUGCUAGACGUGUGAUGGAGCAUGCUUUGCUGAAUGAUGAGACUGUGCUUCAGGAGAUCCAGAAGUCUCUAGAAGUAGAUCAGACGACGUUCCUGGAGAAUGGGACGAGUGCUCUCGCUGGAGGGAAGGUGCUGAGCAAUUGAGGUGAGUUUAUGACUGAGCCAGUCAUCCCUGUGCCUGAGACAUUGUGGAGUCUGCCUAGUGACUCCUGCCUCGCAGUCUACACAAACACUACUAUUACUACCACUACUGACCACUUGGGCCCCUAGCCCCCGGAGAGACUCACCCCUGACCCCUAGCAUGAGAGGCUGAACCCUGGCCCCUAACCCCAAAGACUGACUCACUGACUUUGUCACAAAUGGCACUCUAUUUCCCCAAGUAGGGCACUGCUUUUAACCAAAGCCCAUAAAGGGGGGUUGGUGUAGUAUAUGAGGGACAGGGUGUCAUUUGAGGCCCACCGCUAUAGAGAGAUGGAGGGACCACCGUCUGUGCCUAGGGACCAACCACUGUACUGUAAUAGCCCUGCUACACCUGCGACACAUUAGUAAUGAUUGUAUGGUCAUUCCGCUGACGUGCUUAUCCAAAGCCACUUACAGUUCUCACACACAAGCCAUACUUGCAUUAAACACACCCUACUCACUCACCCACCCCUUCCUCACAUUCCCUCCUAAUCCUGACACCAGUCAGGGCAUUCAGCCUUUCACCCUUGAACUCAAGCUGACCUGUGAAACUCUGAUUUGUCCAGUAACAGCCUUGCUCUGCACAUCCUCGCUUGCCUUAGUCUCUUAGAGAGAGAGAUGCAUAUGGGGGAGGGGGAAGUUAUAGAGAGGAGGGGGGAUGGACUUUUUUAUUUUUAUUCCUAUGAUUCUUUUAUUUGUAAUGUAAUUUUACCUGUGAUUUUGUAACCUUUUGUUUUGAUUCUGUGUAAUUAUUGGAGAUGUAAAAUCGAGAUGGAUGGGAAAAACUGUACAAGGGAGCCAAGAAUGUUUUUUUGUUGUUUUUUUUUUAUGCUGACAAAUCAUCAAAUUUAUUCUGGCACUCCAAACAAGACAUUGUUUUGAGUGCGAGAGCAACAUGGAGUAUCUGUGGAAUCAGUAGUGUUAAUUUUGAACCACACAAGGUGGUAGACCACCAGCCUGGUAGCCAGACCUAUUGUUGCUUUAGCCAACUCAGAAACACAUCUGACUACCAGACUAGCAGUGUAAGACCACUGUGCCGUAAAAUGUCUCCCCAAGCUUUUGUUGCCAACUGACCUUCCUCCUUACCUCUCCUACCGUCCGCGCAUUAAUGUGUAAUAACCAGUUAUAACCUGACGUAGGUAUUUGUCCUGUGUAGCACAUGACGCUACAACUUUCUAUGGUGGCUUGGUUUUUAAAAUGUUAUAAUGUAAACCCUUUUUUUGAACACAGCAAUGAGUAAUGUUAUUUAGGAAUGUAAUUUUAAGAUAUUGUAGUCAAAUGUUUAAUAUAUAUGUACUAUAUGAUUCUCUGUUAACGGUUAGGUGUGUUUUUAAUGGGGGUUGGCUGCUAUAGUCGGAACUUGCAACAAAAUAUUUUGGUACUGUUUCUUGAAAUGCUGGGUAUUUUAGCAUUUCUGUGGUCUCUAGAAUAUAUUUUUGUAGUCAAUGAUGGAGUAUGAGAACCCUACUUUUUUGAUUGAUAACUUUCACACUACAUAAUGUCCUGCUGGAAAAUGAAUACAUGUUUUUCACGA